AAGCAGCGGACGACCAGCGCUGCGUAACAUUUUCGCCUCCCCGUGCCUUGUUUACAUUUGUUUCCUGGUUGUCACGCACGCAGCGUCACCCGUGACGUCACACCGCCGCGGGGCGUCAGGGCCCGGAGCGUGUUCGGCCAGACAGAUUGGCUUAACUUCCCCAGCGGCAGCUCGCAGGAUGUGGGGGCAGUGUGCGGAGCUGGCUUCAGGACACACCCCUCUGGAAAAUCUGCCUUUUCUUCCAACUUUGCUCAGUCGCUCAAGGAAUUCCUUCACUGCACGCUCGCCUGGGAGAUCAUGACUGUGGAGACAGACAGGGGGGAGUCGGGGGCAGAUAAAGCUCCCCAGGAAGGGCUCCCGCAGAGGGAGAAGUGGGCCAACAAAAUGGAAUUCAUACUGUCCAUGACUGGAGAAAUCAUCGGCCUGGGAAACGUCUGGCGCUUCCCUUAUCUGUGCUUCAAGAAUGGAGGAGGUGUCUUCUUCAUUCCUUACUUUGUGUUCCUCUUCUUCUGCGGCAUCCCCAUGUUCUUCCUGGAGACUGCUCUGGGCCAGUACACCAGUCAGGGCGGGGUGACAGCCUGGAGGAAGAUAUGCCCCAUGUUCCAGGGGGUGGGGUAUGCGUGUCAAGUCAUUGUGAUGUAUUUGAACAUCUACUACAUCGUGGUGUUGGCCUGGGCGAUCUUCUACCUGAUUAACUCCUUCAGGAGCCCCCUGCCCUGGUCCACAUGUGACAACUGGUGGAACACUGAGCUGUGUUACAGUCGCGCCGGCGUCUUUGCCAACCCUGAUAUGUUCCAGCCCAACUCCAACUGGUCGUUCCUCCACAACAUCAGCCUCUCUGACGACUUUGAGAACUUCACGUACAUCAAUGAAACGCAACCGUUACUCAUAAAGUCGCCGGAGGAGGAGUUUUGGAUUAACCGUGUGCUGAGGCUGUCGGACGACUUGUCUCUGGGUAAGGUCCACUGGGACUUGGCCCUGUGCCUCAUGGCUGCUUGGGUUAUAUGUUACUUCUGCAUCUGGAAGGGAAUCAAAUCCACCGGGAAGGUGGUCUACUUCACUGCUACGUUCCCCUACCUGAUGCUCUUCAUCCUCUUCAUCCGUGGAGUCACGCUGCCCGGCGCUGCGGAGGGCCUGAAAUAUUACCUCACUCCUGACUUCAGCAAGAUCACAGAGCCAGAUGUGUGGCGAGACGCAGGGACCCAGGUGUUCUUCUCCUAUGCGGUGUGUCAGGGAGUCCUGACCGCGCUGGCCAGCUACAACCAGUACAACAACAACUGCUACAGGGACUGCGUAGCGCUGUGCUGUCUGAACAGCGGCACCAGCAUCUUCGCCGGCUUCGCCGUGUUCUCAGUGCUGGGAUUUAUGGCCAAUGACCUGGGGAUAACCAUGGAUGAAGUUGCUGAGAGUGGCCCUGGGCUGGCCUUCAUAGCCUACCCCAAAGCGCUGUCCCUGCUGCCCGGCUCGUCCUUCUGGGCCGUGCUCUUCUUCCUCAUGAUCCUCUUCCUGGGCCUCGACAGUCAGUUUGUGUGCGUGGAGAGCCUGAGCACCACCCUCACAGACAUGUUCCCACGUCAGCUGAGGAAACCGGGGGCCAGAGAGAUUCUGGUGCUGGUCAUUGCGGUCGUGUGCUUCCUGCUGGGGCUGCCACUCAUCUCUGAGGGAGGAAUUGUCCUCUUCCAGCUCGUUGACAGCUAUGGUCCCAGUGGAACCAGUCUCCUCAUCAUCGCCUGUUUUGAGACUAUUGCUGUUGCUUGGGUUUAUGGGGCGGACCGUUUCUAUGACAACAUCAAGGACAUGAUCGGGUACUCCCCAUUCCCGGUGAUCAAGUACUGCUGGUUGUUCAUCACGCCACUUAUCUGCACGAUCACUAUGCUGUAUGACCUGGCUCAAACACGUGCUCCUUUGGUAAACGGGCAACCACUGGGCUCCUGGGGCAGCACGCUGGGCACCCUGCUGGUCAUCACUCCUCUUCUGUGCAUCCCAGCAUUCAUGCUAGUUGCAGCCUUCAGGAAUCACGGAAACAUGACCAUACCCUCCAGUGACCUGCGUCAGGCUCAGCCACACAAGCCGGUGCUGACACUGUGUAAACGCGUCAUCCGCGGGGCACAAGGGCCACCGAGCAGGGACGUGGAUGAAUGUAAUGAGAAGAUGAGGACUGAGGAACCUACUGGGGUUUGAUGGUUGUUGACAGUAAUUGACCUGCACGAGGUUAUGGUGCAUAGAUGGCAUGGCUGAAUUUAGGCCAAAAACAAACUAUUGCAAUUCUAUGCAAUAUUUUUUUACAUUUCUACUUUAAAGUUUACCCACUUCCUGAGUCAGGGAUAUUUCUGUGUAGUUUUUACUACAUACAGUCUUCACUUGAUGUUUUUACAACAUUUGAUUGCAGUGUUCUUGCAGUUCUUGUUUGUCAUUCAGUGAAUCCAGCCAAAAUGUCAAUGUUAAUCUCAGUGUGUGAUAUUUGAAUGUGAGGAGGUGAAUCUAGGACUUUACAUUGAUCUGUCACUACUGCCUCAUUGAGAUAAAUACUGUAUUGCAUCUGA